CCAACUACUGGACGCUGUUUUCAAGAAACUUAAAGUUGUGUUACACAGAACAGACGUCAGUGAAGAACAUCUUCUCCCUGAGCAACAGGAGUGGCGCUUCAGGAUGGAGAAGGAGGAGCCACAGCCCUCCCACAUUGAGGAAGAAGAGGCGCCACAGACACAGCACGUUAAAAAGGAAGAGGAGUACCCACUGACCUUGUAUUUUAAAGAUGAAAUGGAGGCACAAGAGACCCGGCACAAUAAAAAGGAACAUGACCCACUGACCUCCCACUUUAAAGAGGAAGAGGAGGAGCUACAGUCCCCCCACAUUAAGGAGGAAGAGGAGGAACACAACAUCAGUCAGGAGCAGCAUCUUGAAUGGUUGGAGGAGUUCCCAGUGAUUGGUGUGAUUGUGAAGAGUGAAGAUGAUGAGGUCAAAGGUGAAAGUGAGGAGAAGAGAGAGGCGGAGCCUCCAAGCAGCAGCUCAACUCAACACAUGACAACAGAAGCUGAUGGAGACCACUGUGGAGGAUCACAAGCAGACAAGAUCUUAGCUCCACUAUCAGAUAGUGACGACACAACGUCUCACUCUCCUGACACUGAUGAUGAAGACUCUAAAGAUGAUAAGACAUGUCACACUGACAAAACAUGCUUUACAUGUUCUCACUGUGACAAAACGUUUAAAUACUCUGGUAAUCUGAAAGUACACCUGAGAAUACACACUGGAGAAAAACCUUUUCAUUGCUCAGAAUGUGGUAAAAGAUUUGGACGAAAAAAUGUGUUGAAUUUACACAUGAAAACACACACCGGAGAAAAGCCUUUUUCAUGUUUAGUAUGUGGUAGAGGUUUUGUACUGAGAGGUGAUCUGAAAGUACACAUGAGAAUACACACUGGAGAAAAACAAUUUUCCUGUUCAGUCUGCGGUAAAAGAUUUGGACGAAAAAACGUGUUGAAUUUACACAUGAAAACACACACUGGAGAAAAGCCUUUUUCAUGUUCAGUAUGUGGUAAAGGUUUUGUACAAAGAAGUGAUCUGAAAGUACACAUGAGAAUACACACCGGAGAAAAACCGUUUUCCUGCUCAGAAUGUAAUGCAUGUUUUAAACAAAGUGGUAAUUUGAUAGUGCACAUGAGAAAACACACGGGAGAAAAACCUUUUUCAUGUUCAGAAUGUGGUAAGGGUUUUAUAGAAGGUGGUACGCUGAAAACACACAUGCUAAUACACACGGGAGAAAAACCUUUUUCAUGUUCAGAGUGUGGUAAAUGUUUUACAAAAAGUAGUGAGUUGGAAGUACACGUGAGAACACACACUGGAGACAAACCAUUCAUGUGCUCAAUUUGUAGUAAAAGAUUCACCCAGAAGACAAAUUUGGUAAGACACACAAGAAUACACACUGGAGAAAAACCUUUUAUCUGUUCAGUAUGUGGUAAAGGUUUUACACAAAGGUACUCUUUAAAAGCACAUACAAUAAUACACACUAGAGAGAAAGUGUUGAGUUGCAGUGUGUGUGGUGAAAGAUUCUCUUCUAAGUACCAGUGUAAGAAACACAAGUGUGCUGGUGAGAACAGCAGCAGCAAAUGAAGAUGCAGGAUUUGAAAUAAACUGUCAUUUAAAUUUAAACAAUUUGUUGUGCAUUGUUAAAUGUUAGAAUAUCACGUUUGAUCAAAAGACUGGAGGGUUGUGACUUUGACGAGCGAACAGAAUCUGUUGACUGGCUCAUUAAGAUGAACCAUGUUCAACUAAUGAGGCUCUCCUCUCUGCUAUGACUGCAGCUGGGACUGCUGCGCUAAGCUACUGUCAACCUUACCGCCUGUGAGGAGGGGCUCAUGGCAGAUCCUGCUGCUCGUUGACGACAUAAACUGCAGCUUGAUGCCUUCUUUCAUGUCUCCAAAACAUAAAGUGGCUACAUUUGUCACUAGUCACUUUUGGGGAAAAAAAGGAGUUUAAUAGUUCACAGUUUAACAAGAAAGUCAGUAGAGAAAAAAGCACUGUAGUGGUUGUGGGAUAUAUUCCCUCACUUUGUAAUUCAUACAUGACAUUCAGAGCUCAGUAGCCAUUGUUUCAUCAAACACAUCAAAUCAUUUAAUAAAUGUCACUUUCAGUCCUCUAUUAGUCUAUUAGUUUUAUUUUCACACUUUUACUCUUUUUUUCACUUCAUUGACAUUUCUAGAAGUGCUGCUGCUGCUGCUCCUGGUACAUGUGCUUUCAUCUUUCCUCCAUCAAGACAGCUCAGCUUCACAAUGUUUGAAUAUUGACUGCUGAUAUUAAUAUCCUUCUAUUGUUUAGCAUAUGUCACUUUUUUUGCUCAAUUAACUGGAUGAAAAUGUCUUUAAUUGUCACUACUGAGUGUAAUUAUAUAUAAUAAUGCAUAUAACAACUUUACAUUUUUCAUCUUCAUUACUGCUUGAUUUAGCUCUCAUCUUAUUUUACCCAGAGAGAACUUGACCAUUAAAAGAUGGCUGGACAUCAACAAA